UGCUGGGGACAACUCUAGGGCAGAGCUGCCCUGGGUGAGGUCGUGGGGCAGGCUGUGGGACAGAGGCUGUGUGCCCACUGCCCUGCCUGCUGCCCCCAGGCUGCUGCAGAACGUGGUGAGGAGCCUGGGGCUGCCACCGGAGUGGGACGCAGAGGCCAUGACACGGGAGCAGGUCCUGCUUUUCCUCUUUGUGCUGCAUGACCAUGACCGAAGCGGACACCUGGAUGGGCUGGAGCUGCUGCAGCUGCUGGGCACAGUGCUGGCACAGCAGGAAGGGGGGUGGCCAGAUCUCAAUAUGGUGGUUGUGCUUGUGGACAGAACCCUGGAGAGACAGGACCUGAGCAGGGAUGGGCUGCUUGACCCACCCGAGCUGCUCUUCUUGCCCCUCUGGGACCACAGACCCCCAGAGCAGCCCCACCCACAGCAGUCUGGGGAGCCGCAAGCAGGGACUGGAGCUGCACCUAGGCAGAACAGAGAUACCCCUGGGGAAAACACAGAGGUGGGUGGUCCAGAACAUGGCCAGGCAGAGGAGCAGGCAACUCCCCAUGUUGAGGCCUCUGACAUGGAAGCCAUGGAGGUGGAAGAAGUCCAUGAAGCUAAAGGCUCUGACAUGGAAUCCAUGGAGGCAGAGGAAGUCCCUGAGGCUGGAGCCUCUGAGAGGAAAGAUGUGCCAGUUUAGGGAGAUCUCAGGGAGGGGCAUGCCAUGAAAGGUAGGCAGCAUUGUGCCAGUCUCUGAAGAGGGUUGCAGUGCUGUGACUGUUCCCUGCCCCACUCGGGACACAUGGGGAUGGGGGAGCUCCCUUCACCCCUCCGUCCUGUGGCAGGGCUGCAGAGCACAGUGGGGCUGGGGCUGUGUGGCAACCCUUGUAAUGUGGCAGGACAGAGAAAUAUAAGUGCUGCUGGUGGUGCUUGCCUGGGCCAUGUUCAAUGCAGCUUCUGUCCAGGGCAAAGGGCUGGGCACAGGAGGCAAUGCUGUGGCAGUGCAGGGCUUUAUUUGCAGCAGGGCAGUGAGGGUGCAGCAGGGUGCAGUGUGUCCCAGGG